AUGUCAGCAGACUCUACCAUUAAUCAAUCGGCUUCCUGUGUUAGGUGCGACAAAUCAAUUGCAUCUAGCCAAGUGUACGAAUUAGAAAACAAGAAAUGGCAUGACCGAUGUUUUACCUGUUAUAAAUGCGAUAAACAACUAAAUGCAGACUCGGACUUUUUAGUUUUGGAUACAGGCACUUUAAUAUGCUAUGAUUGUUCUGAUAAAUGUACAAGCUGUGGCAACAAAAUUGACGAUACGGCAAUUAUAUUGCCCUCAUCCAAUGAACCCUAUUGUGCAAAUUGUUUUAAGUGCUGUAAAUGUGACAAACAUAUAAAGAAUCUAAAAUACGCAAAGACCAAGCGAGGAUUAUGUUGUAUGGAUUGUCACGACAAGUUGAUAAGAAAGAAAAACCUAUUGUUGGGAAAGCAAACAAGAGAUUCUUUUAGAGACAAUAUUCCAAUAGCACUUCCGCAAAGGUCUGCAAACAGACCUUUAUCACCGACGAGAGACAAUGAUAAACCGUCUAUUAGUGCCAAUGACUUUGUGGUUCAUGAAAAUACUACAGGCUCGAAUGAGGGAAAACAAGUCACUCCACAAGUUUUAGUUUCACAGGAAACAGACGAUACUUUCUCCUCCUCCAACGAUAAUGAUAAUGACGAUAGUAAUGACAAGCAAGAAAAGUCAUCUCAUGCAAGAACAAUUUCAAUAGACGAUAUACUGAAUUCGACUUUGGAACAUGACAGUAACAGUAUUGAGGAACAGAGUUUGACGGAUAAUGAGGAUUACAUCAGCAGAAUUGCGGGGAAUGUGAGUUAUAGAUUAUUGCAGCCUCACAAACCUAAUAAGGAUUCUAUAAUAGUCAAGGAACCCAAGACUCCAAAUUCAAAUUCCAACGCGAACAGAUUUGUUUCAAUUUAUGAUAAGGAGGAAGUUGAUAGAGAUGGCACAGAUAAUAAAGAGAAUGAUGUUGUAAUCAGUACACCCAGGAAUAGCAAUGAGAAAAUAACGAGUCCUUUGAAUAGCCCCAUGGCUGUGCAAGCGGAGGAAGACCUUGAUCAGUUUCAUGGGUUAGCAUUGAGUUUACCGAAUGUUUAUAAAGAAAGCAACAGGUCAUUUCAAAAUACGCAAACUUCCAAACCUACGAACCAAGUUUCCUCGCUUGCGAGGUCGAGUACAUUAGAAAUAAAGCCAUCCGCAUCUUCAUCGACACUGCGUGUAUCUAAUAGUGGAAAUUUCAGCAGGCCUCAAACAACAGACAAUUCACAGUCUCACAACAAGAUAGCCCCCCCUGCAAACAAGAAACUAUCAAGAUCUUUUUCUUUAAAAUCAAAAACUUUUGUUCACAACCUGAAAAGUAAAACGUCGGAAAUAUUGGAUCCAAAGCAUCCUCACAAUACCACUCCAGUACAGGAAUCAGACACACAUUCGGGUUGGGGUGUCUCUUCUGCCCAUACUACUAGUGCAAGAAAAUCGAAAAUAAAGAAAAUCCCUGUGUCACGAGGUCAAAGUGAUAGUACAGUAUACAAAUCAGUAGCACAAAAUGAGAAACCUAUUGCAGCAGAUUCCAGCCAUAAAAAGGCGCAAAGUAGUCUUGGUGGUAUACCCAAAAAACAAGUUCCUAACGAUUUAGUGGCUAACAGACGUAUAAAUGGCUCAUACCCCAGCGCAAGUUCGGGGCAUCAUAUAGCAAUGUUUCGCACUCCACCUCUGGAAUCAACACCGUUGUUCAAUAGGCCAUCGAUAUCUUCUGAUUCCGCACAUCACAGAUCUUCUAGUUUACAGACGUCUCGAUCUACGAACACGUUGUUGGAAGAUGACUCCACAAACGUGGAUGCUACCGAUGAACAAACCACUAGUUUGGAAAGGGAUUAUUACGUGACCGAGUUAACUUUAAGAAAGUUGAAAUCAGAUGUGAGGGAGUUAGAAGGGACAAAAAAAAAAUUAUUACAAGAUGUGGAAAGCUUAAAACAGAUGAAAGAAAGACUGUCAAAUGAUGUUGUUUACUUAACAAGGGAAAAGGAUAAGCAGUCAGUAUCAUCUAAGGAGUCCCUGGAACAAAAGUCAAACAAUGGAACAACGAUAAUUGUAAAAUCGCCAAGCGCAAAUAUAGACAGGAAGGGAAGCAUAUCCAAUGCUAGCCCGAAACCACGAUUCUGGAAACUCUUUUCCAGUGGUAGCAAAGACCACCAAUCAGAAGAAUUAGACCCUCAGCAUUCACCAAAUUCAUCUUUCAGUGGAGGGACAAGCAUUGCACAGAAAGAAAUAUCAACGCCCAGACUGAUUCGAGCACAUGACGGGUUACAAUCACCAAGCAAACUAUCACCGUCACCAAGCCCGAAGAAAUCGGACAUAGUAUAUGAUGGAUCGCAUUUAUAUGGGUCAACAUUGGUAGCCAGAUGUGCAUUUGAGAAAUGUACCGUUCCAAUGAUCAUCAAAUGCUGCAUAAAAUACAUCGAAGCAGACGAUGUAGGACUAAAUAUGGAGGGUUUAUACAGGAAAUCCGGGUCGCAAACUCUAAUUGAGGAUAUUGAGAAGGAAUUUGCCCAGAAUACUCCAUUGCAUACUGAUAAGGUGAGUUCCAAAUUGAAUAAUUUACUGCAUCAAGACGUACACGCGGUGGCUAGCGUAUUAAAACGGUACUUGAGAAAAUUACCAGAUCCUGUUCUACCYUUUUCCAUAUAUGAUUCUUUGGUAGAUUUGGUAAGAAGUAAUCAACUCGUCGAAAGACUACCAUUGAGCAAGAAUGGGCCCGCCGAAUCUUCACAGAAAUCGUCGAUAUAUGACACAGUUGUUAGGAACCUAAACGAAAUUCUGAAAAGUUUACCCCUGGAACAUUAUGAGGUGUUGAAGGUACUGGCAACACAUAUCAACAAAGUUCAAAGGUACAGCGAGUGGAACUUGAUGAAUUUACAUAAUUUGUCGUUGGUCUUUGCACCAAGUCUAAUCCACGACCUUGACGGCGAAAAAGAUAUCGUUGAUAUGAAGGAGAGAAAUUAUAUUGUGGAAUUUAUACUAGGAAACUAUAGAGACAUAUUUACAUUGGCAUGA